UAUCAUGAUAAAAGACUCGAAUUUAUCAAUAAAGUCUGUUUUUAACGAUGAUGUAGAAUUUCAAUGGGAAUCUAGUUAAUCUAAGGAAUAUAGCACUACUUUAAAAGGAUUAUUCCAUAUUUAUAAAGAAGAGAAGAGUCAUUAUAAACUUUUAGAAGUCUCAUUUAGUUUACCUUAUCUGAUAAAAUAGUCUAGAAAAAAAGUAUAUUAAUAUUUAAGGUUAGGGUUUAAAAGUUCUUGAUAUUACUAAUGCAGUAAUAGAGAAGGUAAGAAACAAUAUAGUGGGAGAAGGAUUAUUAAUUAAGAAAAAUAAUUUAAAGUUUUAUAUGUAUGGUUAGAUAUAGAAAUGGAUUGAAUCAUUGUAGGAAAUUUGCAUUUAAAUUAACUUUCAUGAGGAUUUCUUUUUAUAUAGAUUAAUUUCUAAUAGUUAACAAUCAAAAGUAUAAAUAUUUUUUUUAAAGGCAGGUGUAUUUUGCAGAAGAUAGGAUCACUAAGAUUGAUUAUGCAAUAAAAGUAUUUGAAAAGAAUCAAUUUGAACAAGAAAUUGGAGCCAAGGCUUUGAAACAAGAGAUAGAAAUUUUAAGGCUUUUAAAAAACGAUUAUUUCACUAAACUAUUAAAAACAUAUGAAGGAAAUUAAGCAGUUUAUUUAGUAUUUGAAUAGUAAAAGGGAGGUGACUUAUAGAGGUUUUUAAAAGAAAAUGAUAAUACUUUACCAGAAAAAACAGCAUUUCAAGCUAUAAAAUAAUUGUUAGAAGGAAUAAGUUUAAUGCAUAACCUCAAUUAUAUGCAUCGGGAUUUAAAACCAGAGAAUAUAUUACUGAAAAACAAGGAUUCCUUAGAAGAUUUGAUUAUAAGUGAUUUAGGUUUGGCAGAGAAGGUUAAUAAUGAAAAAAAUUAAUUAUUUACUCUUUGUGGCACUCCAGGUUAUGUGGCUCCAGAAGUCUUAAAGAAAUAACCGUAUGAUUAAAAAGUUGAUAUAUAUGGAAUAGGAAUAAUUCUAUACACAUUAUUAACAGGGAAAAAUCCAUUUUAAUCAAUUAUUAAAGAUGAAACUCUUGAAUUAAAUAUGAUUGGAAAUGUAAAUACAGAUAAGAUAAACUGUUCUGAGUUAGGAAAAGAUUUAUUGAAAUAAUUAUUGUAAUUAUCUCCAAAUAGACGACCUAAUGCUUAACAAGCACUUAGACAUUAAUAUUUUAGAAAUUAAUCUUCACUACAAAUAUUCCCAAAAUAAAGCAUUAUUAUCUCUAAACCAAAGUUUGAUUCUAUUCAUAGUGAAUAAGUCUCUCCUCUAACACCAAAUCUCAAUUUUGAUAAAUUUAAAGCUACUCAAAGUAAAAAUUAUCUUUAUAUUAAAGUUUAACCAUAAUAUCUAAGAUAAGCCACUCCUAGAUUAGAUAUUUAUUAAAAAAAUAAUGCUAAUUUAAUGAAAAAAUUCAGAAAAGCUUCGUGA